AUGUCCGCUCAGGAUUCCUCCCCCACCACCCGUAAACGCAAGCGCAGUCUCGACGGGUCCCACGAAUCUCGCCUGCGUCCAAAGGAAUAUGUUCAGUUCGCAGCGAGCUCCCAUUCUUCUAGUACUGCUGGCAUACCCCCACGAAGGAAUUCGUCGCUGAAGAUUCUAACAGACGCGGAAACCCUUCAGAAUCUACGCUUUCAUGCCAUAUCUGACGGUGGGCCGUCGCCCCAUGACUCUCUCUUUGACGAGCCCACGUCCUCAUGCCCUCGGACGGAGGACAACGAUACCAGUAACGACAUUGCCACGAUGCCCACAACACUCACGACGAUACCUAACAAUCUUGUAAACGAUCCAGAUCCGCUCACACCCGCAACACGAGCUGUCCCGCCCAUUCCGGGACUGUACUUUGACCCUGCCGUCCGUCUUCCGUUAGACCUCACAGAGGAAGUCAUGUGGACGUGCAUCCGUACGUACUUCCAGCACAGCGACGCUGACCAAGUCAUGCUCUUCGAGCGAGCGAAUUCAUCCUCUGAGUCCUCGUCCUCACCCUCAUUGAACACAGGCCUCCCGCCCGUCCUGACCUCCCUCCUCUCCACGCUCUCCGUGCUCCUUCGCCCCCUGCUUCCCGCAGCCAAACACGCGCUGCUCUUCCCUGCACACCCCACGCCGCUCGCGCGGCAGGCCAUCCUGAACCUGUACUGGCCCGGGGACGGCAUCACGCCGCACGUCGACCUGCUCGACCGCUACGGCGACGGGAUCGUCGGCGUGAGCCUCGGCUCGGGGUGCGUCAUGCAGUUCGCCAAGGUGCGCGCGGGGAGGGGCGACGAGCCCGCGUCGCAGCGCACGGACGGCGGCCGCGCGCGCGGGGCAGGCGAGCGGUUCGGCGUGUACCUCCCCGCGGGGAGCGUCCUCGUGCUCACGGGGGACGCCCGAUACAGCUGGACGCACGGCAUCGAGCAGCGCAUGGAGGACUAUGUCGAGUCGGAGGGGGUCUCCCGCGAUCCUGAUGGAUGCGAUGGCGAUGAUGCACGGCGGCUCGCUGCCUGGCUCCCGCGGGACGUUAGAUUGAGCGUUACUUUCCGCUGGCUGCUUCCUGGCGCGGACGUUGUCGGACCACAGCCCCCAUCGAGAAAUGCCUGA